CUGUCUUGUUCUUUGCUGUUGGCUGACGCUAUCUGUACUCUCCCUUCUCUUCCCACAGGUGGAUGCAGUGCGGGUGUAUGUGAACAGCAGCUCUGAGAACCUCCAAUAUCCUGUCCUGUUUGUAGUUCGCCAGCAGAAAGGAGUGCUGUCAUGGCAGGUCCCACUAAUUUUUCGAGGCCUCUAUCAGAGGACCUACAACUACCAAGAAGUGAGUCGGACCCUCUGUCCCUCUGAGCCAACACCUGAGACAGACCCCUCUGACCAGAUUGUAUUUGUGGACGUCGCUUCCAUGGCACCAUUUAAUAUUACAUAUGAGCUGCUAGUCACCAGACUUGAGAACUUCCAACUUGAGACCAACAAAGCCUUUAACUUCACUGCCAGCCCUUCCCAGCCCCAGUAUUUUCUGUACAAAUUUCCUCAGGAUGUUGAUUCAGUCAUCAUUAAAGUGGUGUCUGAUGCGGUCUACCCAUGCUCGGUUGUCUCCGUCCAGGAUAUCGUGUGCCCUGUGUAUGACCUGGACCAUAAUGUGGAGUUCAAUGGUGUUUACCAGUCUAUGACCAAGCAGGCAGCCAUAACGGUGCAGAGAAAAGACUUCCCGGGUGAGCAGUUCUUUGUUGUGUUCGUCAUCAAGCCUGAGGAUUAUGCCUGUGGAGGUUCUGUGCCUUCCUCCAUUCAUGGGAACGUCAACCGUACCUGGAACCUGCAGCGGACGAAGAACCUUCAAGUGACAAUUGUGCCGUCUAUUAAAAAGUCUGUUUAUGUCCAGGCCAUGUUCUUCAGCUUCCUGAGUUUCCUCUCCUUUUAUCUGGGCUCAGUGGUUGUUGCUUUUGUGCACUACAUCAGGGUUCGGAGGAAGGCUUUAGCUGGGAGGUUGAGUCCUGAGGAUGGAUCUGGGAUUAUGACAUCUUCACACCCCAUCACAGCCAGCACGCCUGAGGGAAGCAGCUAUGGUGCUAUUGAUGAGUCAAGCUCCAGUGGUGGACGUCAGCUGUCCUCCCCUGGCCGUGGGCCAGCAGCUGGUUCUGACACAGACAGCUCUGUGGAGGAGGAGAGCGACUUCGAUACCAUGCCGGAAAUCGAGAGCGAUAAGAACGUCAUCCGCACUAAGGUGUUCCUCUAUCUGUCAGACUUGUCCAGGAAGGACCGAAGGAUUGUCAGCAAAAAAUACAAAAUCUAUUUCUGGAACAUCAUCACCAUUGCAGUGUUUUACGCCCUGCCAGUCAUCCAGCUCGUCAUCACCUACCAGACGGUCGUGAACGUGACGGGCAAUCAGGACAUCUGCUACUACAACUUCCUGUGCGCUCACCCCCUUGGGGUGCUGAGUGCCUUCAACAACGUCCUCAGCAAUGUGGGCCACAUGCUGCUGGGCUUUCUCUUCCUCCUCAUUGUGUUGCGCAGGGACAUUCUCCACCGUCGGGCCAUGGAGAUGAAAGAUGUCUAUACUCUGGACUAUGGGAUCCCAAAGCAUUUUGGUCUCUUCUAUGCUAUGGGCAUCGCUCUGAUGAUGGAAGGGGUGCUCAGUGCCUGUUACCAUGUCUGCCCUAAUUACUCCAACUUCCAGUUUGACACCUCCUUCAUGUACAUGAUUGCAGGACUGUGCAUGCUCAAGCUCUACCAGACCCGCCACCCAGACAUCAACGCCAGCGCCUACUCUGCCUACGCCUCCUUUGCUGUGGUGAUCUCUCUGGCUGUCCUUGGAGUGGUGUUUGGGAAGAAUGACAUGUGGUUUUGGGUCGUUUUCUCAGUGAUUCAUGUUUUGGCCUCACUGGCUCUAAGCACCCAGAUCUACUACAUGGGCCGCUUCAAGAUUGACUUGGGGAUAUUUCGUCGGGCAGCGAUGGUGCUGUACACAGACUGUAUCCAGCAGUGCAGUCGACCAAUGUACAUGGACAGGAUGGUGCUGCUCAUUGUUGGAAACCUGGUCAACUGGUCCUUUGCUAUUUUUGGGCUGGUGUAUCGGCCCAGAGACUUCGCCUCCUACAUACUGGGGAUCUUUAUCUGUAACCUGUUGCUGUAUCUGGCUUUCUACAUCAUCAUGAAGCUCCGCAGCUCUGAGAGGCUCCUGCCCAUCCCCCUGUUCUGCAUCGUGUCCACGGCUGUGGUGUGGGCAGCUGCCCUCUACUUCUUCUUCCAGACCCUCAGCAGCUGGGAGGAGACUCCAGCAGAGUCCCGGGAGAAGAACCGGCCGUGCAUCCUGCUGGGCUUCUUUGAUGACCAUGAUGUCUGGCACUUCCUCUCCGCAGCUGCCUUGUUCUUCUCCUUUCUGGUCCUGCUGACCCUGGAUGAUGACCUGGACACGGUGCUCAGGGACAAGAUCCCGGUGUUCUGA